UCGUGUCAUCUCCGACGUCACGAUCAUGAUUAGAAUUGAUGAUCGGACGUUUUGAUUUCAUUGUCUAGCCAGGGGAUUCGUAAGGAAAUCUGCUGAAUUCGAGGGGGCCCGUUGAUUUCUCAACAAAAGAUCUGAGGGGUUCAGACCUGGAGAGUGCAGGAGCGUGUGUGUUAUAACACCCUCCCAAAUACAGCGUCCUCAGCUGAGACACCUCGUAAGAGCAGUUAGAAGUGUUGCGAUGCCCGAAUGCUGGUGUGAAUAGAUGUGCACACGACAGUGUGUCUCUGCUGUAUGUUGAGAUUCAUAGUAGCUCAACCUGAUUCCCGGGGUCUCACUGAACAUCCAUCAGAGGGAUGGAAAAAUGGCUGGAAAAGAGGAGCAUUCACACUAUGAACUUGCGGUCGGUGUUUACUGCCGAGCAACAGCGGAUCCUGGAACGCUACUAUGAGAACGGCAUGACCAAUCAGAGCAAGAGCUGCUUCCAGCUCAUCCUACAGUGUGCUCAAGAGACCAAACUUGACUUCAGCGUGGUUAGAACAUGGGUAGGAAACAAGCGACGGAAGCUGGCCUCGAAAGCGGACCAGAAUGGUGCACCUGCUCAAGUUUUGUCCCAUCAGCACGUUCCCUGUGGAUCUGCCGGCGCGCUCGUGGCCGGGUCGGUGUUGACGGCUGAGAUGGCAGCCAUGAGGAGCGUUCAGCGAGGACCUGUGACCCACCUCCUCCCUCCACAGGCCUCAUCCUCCUCAUCCUCCUCUUCUCCCUCAUCUUCCUCCCCACUCAGUGGCCACAGUGAUGUGAUUUUAACAGGCAUUUAUGCCAGCUGCUUUGAUGCUUCAGCUCUCAACAGGACAGGGAUGAAAUCAUUGCCCUCGCACACAGAAAUGGAGCUGCCCGCUCGCGAGCGCAUACAGCGGAAAGUCCCCGUCAUCCCCAGCUCUAGCGCAGCACUUAAACCCUUAAGCUCUAGAGACUCUGCGGGAAUCGCUCCCAGUUGGGCCAAGCAGUGCAGGACGUCCCAGCAUCCGUCAUGGCCUCAGAAAACGGCGCUGGAUCAUUGCGGUCCUGUGGGUGGCAGCGCUCAGAUUCAGCAUGUUCUCACCCUGGCCGGAUUAGAGGACCUGUCGCAGCGAGCUCUCCCGGGAAGCACUCGAGACACCGCGGUGAGGAAAACCAGGCCGGUCGACGCGUCAGAGAUCUUCUCGAUUGCGAUGGAAACCGCUGACGCUGACGACGAGUAUUCCAGAGAAGAAGAGCUAGCGAACAUGGGUGUGCAGAUGCACUGCGGGAAAGCCUCCGUGGGCUCCAGCGCUGGCUCCUCUUCUUUGAUUGACAGUCCGGGACUAACAGAGAGGAGCCAUUCGGGCUGUGCGCUGAACCUCUCAAACUCUGCUCUCUUUGGGGAAAAGGGAUGUCAGACCAGCAGCUCCUUAUUGGUCAGAUCAUCCUCCCCUAGCAACUUCCCGUUAAACCUGCAGACAUCUUCCAGAAUCCCCUGUCUCAAGGUAACGAGUAACAUGUCAGCUCCCUGGCUUCAUAGUAACUCCCGGAAAAGAACGCUGCAGGACAGGACGCAGUUUAGCGACAGAGACUUGUUCACACUGAAGCGCUACUGGGAUAACGGCAUGACCAGCCUGGGCUCUCUGUGCAAAGAGAAGAUCUCAGCUGCAAGUAAUGAACUCAGCGUGGACACUGAAAUUAUCAAGACGUGGAUUGGUAACCGUAGAAGGAAGUACCGUUUGAUGGGCAUUGAAAUUCCGCCGCCUAAAGGAGGGCCGGUCACGUUCCCAAAUCCUACUGCACCUCAUUCACCUCACAUCCUUGAAGACGACUGUCCGGAACUAGGAGAGGCCGGCGAACACAAUGAUGCUAUGUCACUCUGUUUGUCUGAUGAUGGAGCCAGUGAUUAUUAUCUGAAAGAAAAUGAUGAUAUGAAUGAUGAAUCUGAUAGUUCCACCCCUGCUAAACAUGUGAAGAUUGAAAUCAUCGAAGAAGAGGAUGAUGAUUAUGACGAUGGCAUGUUGACCACAGAGAUGGAACAGAUGCAUAACCUCUUAGAGUUCAAGAAUGAAGAAGUGCAGUUCCUUGAGAGUGAGCUGCAGAACCAGAAACAGAAGUUCUCAAAGCUGAAGAGCUUCACCAAAAGCCUGCUGAUCGCUGUGAAAAAUAAAGACAGAAAGAAACAGCAGGAGCUGUUAGCCAGUCUACCUCAGAAAGUGAACGAGGACUGGGACCUGGGCCUGGAAAAUCACAGCAUGUCUGGCAUAGAGACGCCCACCAUCCAGAAAGAGUCCUCUGUAUCAGAGGAGGAGGGGGACACCGAUCAAAUGAGACUAUAAAUGCAGGGCAGCUUCCACCUCUUCUGUUACUCACAUGUGCCACAUAGUGCCUGUGGAAACGAACCAAUAACUGUUGGAUCCUACAAAUCAUUUUCUAUAGCAUAUCAGACUGCCUUGGCCAGGUCCAGUACUAUCAAAUAAACGCCACUAAGUCAACACAA